CAUAGCUUUGAAACCCUUCGCAGCUACCCCCUUUGAGUAUGUAACCCCAAAUACGCUCCAGAAACCCAGACCCCUUCCUGAAACCCCAGUCCACUCCAUUCCCCUCACAACCAUUCAUCUUCCCUUCCUCUCACCCCUUUCUGGAAUUAUCUCCUUCCCUGGAAUUCCCUCUUCCCACUCUUCUCCUGGAAUGCCUCCAAUCCCACUUCCCUUCCCAUGAAAUGACCCUGCCCGGUGUGAAUGUACAAGGUAUUACGGGUUUGGCCAGUUUGCUGGUGAUACGUAAAUCGUUGGUGCUGUAUUCAAGGAAGGAGUUGCUCUCGGCUACAGCAGGUUGAAUUAAUGGGUAGGACACUGAAGAUGUAAUUGAUACCGGGAUGCGAGGCGAUACACGUAAGCAAGUAAGAGUAACGAUGUUUGUAUAUGGUAGGCUGUUCUGUGUAUUCCCUCCCCUGGUAGGUGGGGCGUAUGAUCAAAUUUCCGCUCCUUAGGCAAGAGAGUUUACCACCCGGGGUGUCAGUCGAGUGGGUUGCUUCACUGACUAUGGUGAAGAGCGGGCUGGGAGCAGGGUUGCUGGCGGGUGGCUGCUCGGUACAGAGCCGCAUUUUCCAAAUAUCGUGCGUGGCGCUGCUAUUGCUAAGCGCCUUCCACUUGGUGGUCACCCUCAUCUACUACUUCGACUUACACGUCUACACCACACAGAUGGUACGUCGCAUCGGCGGCUUCCUGGCGCAGGAGUCCCUCGCUAACUUCACCGUCCACCAUUCGACGGCCCUGAACCUCACGGUGGCCCCCAGCACCGCGCCGCCGCCAAGGCCUCUCCUGCCCUGUCCGGAGACAUCGCCACUGCUCGUGGGACCAUUAAGAAUAGAAUUUUCCCAAUCUGUUAAUCUGGAGGAAGUGAGACAGAUUAAUUCAUUAGUGCAAGUAGGAGGCCGAUUUACACCUUCAGAUUGUAUAGCUGUUCAGAAAGUUGCUGUGGUUAUUCCUUUUCGCAACCGGGAUGAGCAUCUGAAAUACUGGCUGUAUUACUUGCAUCCAAUUCUGCAACGACAGCAGCUUGAUUAUGGAGUGUAUGUUGUUAAUCAGCAUGGAGAAGAUACUUUUAAUCGAGCCAAACUUCUCAACGUAGGUUUCGUGGAAGCUUUGAAGGAAUAUGACUACAACUGCUUUGUGUUCAGUGAUGUUGAUUUGAUUCCUAUGGAUGACCGUAAUACCUACAAAUGUUAUAGCCAGCCAAGGCAUCUGGCUGUGUCCAUGGAUAAAUUUGGUUUCCGCUUGCCAUACAGGCAGUUCUUUGGUGGAAUUUCAGCCUUAAGUAGAGAGCAGCAUGAAAGAAUCAAUGGUUUCCCCAAUGAUUAUUGGGGCUGGGGAGGGGAAGAUGAUGACAUCUACAACAGGAUUGUUUUUAAAGGCAUGGGAAUAUCACGUCCAGAUGGUGUCAUCGGGAAGUGUCGAAUGAUUGUUCACCAAAGGGAUAUAAAGAAUGAACCCAACCCUCAGAGGUUUGACAGAAUUGCACGUACAAGGCAGACAAUGCACAAUGAUGGUUUAAAUUCACUCAAAUAUAAAGUGCUAGAAAUCAAGAAAUAUCCAUUAUACACCUUCAUUGAUGUGGAUAUUGGUGGUCCUGGAAGGCCGCCUUCCUGAGUGUAACAAAAAAUGAAGAACUUCUUGAAACACGGUCAACUAAAUCAAAUUUGAAUUUUGUUUUAUACCUUAUGUGCCUUAUUCAGUUGCAUUUGUAUGCUGCAUAUCCUUCUUGCCUGUUGCUGAAGUCACUGUGGUUCCUAUGCCUUAAUUAUGGGAAAUUGAUAAUAUUAAAUACGUAUUUUUAAAAGUAGUAUCUAGUAAACCUAAAAACAGGUUAUUUGACAAAGAAAUGCCUACAUGCAAAAAUAUUUUUGUUACAUUUUCUUAAUCAGGUUUGUCAUUUUAUUUCUAUAUCUACAUUUUACUUUUGGACCCUCAGGAAUUCUCUAACGCUUUAAUCCAAAUAAAUUCUUUUUCUCAAUCAUUUGUUUUUUUUAAUUGACACAUUUCUGCUCUUUCUGUGAAUUGCUUCAAAAGUGUUGCUAAUUUAUUUGAAAUAUUGUUGCCUUAGAAAUGUGAUACCUGAAUUGUGAUAUUUACCUGCUCAAACCAAGCUGCUUUUCUAUUGUUUCUUGUUGGAAGAUUUGGGAUGGGAGAAUUGAUUCUCUUCUGACAGUAACAUUUGUUCAACUUUAAGUUUGAAAGUUGUAUUUCACAGGCAUUUGGCUAUCUGUACUGAGGCUUCAACACUGGGAAGAAUAUUCAAAGAACCAAAUACCAAGUUACAUUAUUAUUUUUAAUUGUUCUUGUGAGAUGAGUGGUACAGUCAAGCUCCUGUUUAUAGUCCAUUUCCUCCUUGUGAAAGUUGUGAUGAUUUCCUUGAAACAUCUUGGUAAUUGUGCAUUAACAAUAGUAUUGGUUGAAUGUUGACCCAAUUACGCUUGAAGUGGAGGUUUUGGUUUCUGGGUGAUUUUCAGCUUGUGUUGGACAGGCUACUUUCUAUCAAGUAGCAAAUGGAUACUGUAUGCACUGGUUGGGCAACAAGCAUGCACUGCACAUCCAUUGACUUGGUGUCUUCAAUGGACACUGAAGCUAUGAUAGCUUUUUUAAAAUUGUUACCACUUUUGCCUAGGACUACAGUUGAGAUAAUAUGUUUAAAAAGCUGCAUUGAAAAUCCUUUGAACGUGGACUAAUUCUCAUCCAAAUUUGUAAAGAAUGGAGGAUUUUAAAGAAGGUGACUUCUGGCUCUUUGACAUCCAUCCUGGAAAAGAGUAUGGAACCAUGUAUGAGAUUCUCAGUCCAACAUUAAACUCUUGCCAAGCAGCAUUAAGGGAGUUGCUUGAAUUUAUGACAUUAGUAAGAAAGGCCGUAGCUGUGCUUUGGCAUCACUGAAAACAGCUUCUUGGUGACACUCUGGAUGAUUUUAUUGCUGGAAGGUUUUCUCUUUUGUACACAAGUAUUGCUUGUUUCUUUGUAAAAUGCCUUUGAUUCUAUCUAUCAUCUCCUUGUCAUUCACAGUUGGGGUAGUUUAUAAAGGAAGCUUGAUAUUUUUCAUUCUCCAUUUGGUGUAUAGCUCACUUCGCACAAUUCUUGUAUCUCUUUUAGGGAUUGCUACAAGCUCUGGUUUGAUCUUUCUGGAUGCUUUAAGUCUGUUGUUUAACCACUUAGACCCAACAUCACUAAUUUGGAAAAUCUGGCAAAGACAAAUUUUGUGACUUUGCGGUAAACUGGUUGUGAGAUAACCGUUACUCUGGAAACCUAUUCUGAGAUUGAGUCAUGUAGUUUUACAAUUAUUUACUGAAAUGGUUAGCCAGAACUCUGCAGUUUGUCGGUUUUCUUUCUUUGGAUUAUGUCUGGGUUCUUAGACUUUUUCUAUCACAGUUACUAAAGCCUUGAAUUGCAUAAAGCAGAAAGGGGGUCAUGAUGGUCCGUGAAUCCUCAGAGGGAAGUCCUUGUAGGAUGUGCCACUAACUAAAUACAUUGUCUUUCUUUAGUUGCAUGGAUUCAAAUUGACAAUAUGUAGGGGAGGCCUUGGUCUGUAAUGUCUCAUGAAAACUGAUCCAGUGCCCUACAGUCUUUGAUUCAAAUAUUACCAUUAAAAAAAAUCUGCUAACUGGCAAGAUUUCUGUCCUCUAGUAAAUGUUUCUGCUAAAAUCUCAUAGACUCCCUCAAUAAGCAACAUGUUCAAGACAAAUGAUUGUUUAAAGUCAGCUACUCGGCUGCAUCCCUACCUCAUUCUGCGUACUGUGUAAAUUACCUUUCAAAUUUGAUUGUUCAACUUCUUCCAAAUUCCGACAAUUAAUUUUAGAAAGUAUGCAAGUUGGGCAAGCCUGGCAAAACUAAGAUUGGGCAUGUGAAACUAAAAUGCCAUAAGAUAUGAAAGGCAGAGUACAUUAUGCCGAACCUUGAGUUAUCUGCUCCAUCCAUUAAGGGCAUGACUGCUUUGGUGCCCUGCUCUCCAUUCCAUUGUCCUGAUCAAUGGCUAUAAAGAUUUGUAUCACUACAGCCCAGAACCAUCCCAGCUGUAAACACCAAUGACUUUAUAUUGACUAUAGGAGAGAAAGCUCCUGUCCUAAAACUCCAAAGAUACCUUAAUGAGAGGAGAAAUUUCUUCCUGACAGUCUUAAGAAGUUAACCUCACACACCGAGCUUCUUUUCCCUGAUUCUAGUGUGCUGACUGAGGCAAACAAGCCUCCCAUAUCUACUCUGAAGCCUUGUGACAUGAUUACGAUCAAAUUCAUAUGUGUAGAUUAGCAAGCAUUUUGAAGUAGACAUGUAGUGUGACCCAGGACGGUUGGUGUCUUCCAUGUACUUACCUCUGGAGUGGUGAGUAGACAUCGCUUGAUGAUGCAGAGUGAAAGUCUGAAUGCAUCUGACAUGAAGUUGUCCUCGUAAAACCAGAUAAACACAUCAAGUUGUGGGCCUGACAGAUGUUGGCUGCAAAUAAAGAAACAUGUAAAAACUUAUACACUGCUACUGUUUUCCACUUUAAUUGUGUGAAUUUACAGCUUUUCAUGGCUGUAACAGUUCCCAUGACUUUCACAAGAUUAUUUUUUUCAAUUUCUAACUGAGCAUAUAUUUAAUUCUUUCUUUAACCUUUAGCUCCACCUUGAUUUACCAGCACUUAUUCCUUGCCUCCAGAAAACGCAAAUUCUUUAAAAUGUCAUCUAUCUGCUUUGCUGCAAUUAGUUACACCAAACAGGUUUAUUGAUUUACUAUGUUCCUUUGUGCUCUGUUGAAUCUCUAAACAUUCCCAAUAAUUCAGAUGUUUCAUGUAACAUCAGUUGAUUGCCUCUAUCUAAUGUAAUCUUUUAAAGCUAGUUUGUUUCUAUAACAUUGUCGUACACAGACCUCUGAACACUGGCUUGUGGUGCUGGUCAGUCGUUCUCUCCUCUCUAACCCACUGCCGAUGGGUGCCAUUCAUCCUCCUGGGCCAUUUUUUUUUGCUGAAAGCAUUAUUAAAAAGAGACUCAUUUCUCCAAACACUAAUACUUGGAAGUCAGGAGAGCAGACCUUAAUUACCCAAUUUUGAUAUUGCUGAGGCUCUUCUACCCCCAUUGUGAUAUUGACCCUGGACUGUAGCAAACAAUGAAUUUUCAAUUGAAUAUUGAGCAAAAUUGCUACUUUAUUCCUUAUAUUUUACAGUUUUAGUUGUGUGCUGCCUUAAUUAUCCAAGCCAAUAAUCUGCAGUUGUCUUUAAUUCUCAGUCUUAUAUUUUUACCAAGUAAACUCUUAUCGUCCUAUUGUAGCUUGUGUCCCUUUAAUCUUGCAGUCUGUUGGCAAUUGAGAGCUUGCAAUGCCUUUGACUUCAAUUACUAAGUACAGGUUUAUUUCCUGCUUCAAAAAGAUGCUGUUGAAGAAAAGUUGAUAAAGAUUUUACGAUGUACAUUAAAUUAAAAUUGCUUAUUUUUUUUUGUAAUCAUGUAGACAAGUCCUAGAUUUAGCAUGUGAAUCAUGAAUUCAAUUUAACACGACUUGUAUUUGGUGCGAGGGAAACCAGAUCAAAAUCUGAUUUUUAUUUUUGCUUAAUAACAUUUGUUUAUGUUUUUGCAAAUACCCCAGUUAUGUGUCGAUACAUUUAUGAAGAAUGAUUUGUAUUUUUGCUAGUUUUUGUCACCCUGGUGUGCCUGAUAAAUUAAUGUUUGACAGGGAAGAAUUCCCUACACUACCCUUUCACAACUACUUCAUCUAUCAUUCGUAUGUUUUCAGCAGCCAUUUACUGUGCAAUAACUUAACUGUGGUCAUUUGUAUUUUCCAUAGAACUAUUUUGAUAUAAUCUGUUAUGAAGGUGUUCUGAUAUUCAUUUUCUGAUUUUUUUUUCUUUAAUCCUGUGCUUUUCAUUUUUAAAUAUAUUUUGACCACCUUUGGUUUUUAAUAUUGAAACUUAUUUGAACAAAAUAAGUUUAAAACUUAUUUUAAACUUUUUUAUUGGACUGCUGUGCGGAAUAUUGUAAUGAAAAGUUGCUUCAGAUUUAUAAGGUUGACAUCAAGCUAAUUUUGUGGGGUGGUAACAGCUUAAUAAAUGUCUUUUUUUAUUUACCUCUCAAUAAGUCAGUGCGACUUGUUCUGACUAGAACAGUAUAUUUUUGAGAUGAAAAUGAGAUCAAUUGAUGUUUACACUCAGAUUUGUAAAUUUUUGCACUUGGAAUCAAAUAUAAAAAAUAUUUAAGCUG